GUAAAUUUUACAUUUGUUCACAAAAGUUCAAGGAAAACGGAAGUUCGUUACAGAAAAAAAAGAAUUAUAAAUCAGAAAAUAAUUUUGAGUGAAUAAAAAAUGGUUUUUGGAGUAUUUUUCGUGAGUUUUGUGUGUGCCACAAUUGGAGUGAUUUACCUGUACCUCAAGCGAUCCUACAGGUACUGGGAGAAGCGCAAUGUAACGUACAUUAAGCCCACAGUUCCUUUUGGGAACAUGAAGGAUGUUUUACUGGGAAGAACUGAUCUCGGUAGCAUAAUUCGUGAUCUCUACAAUCAAUCCCGGGAGAAAUUCUUUGGGAUCUACAUGAUAAAUCGCCCAGCUUUAAUCAUUCGUGAUCCCGAACUCAUCAAGGCGAUCAUGAUUAAGGAUUUUGAUCAUUUUGUUGAUCGUGGAAUUUUCGUUGAUGAAGAAAUGGAUCCCAUUUCGGGAAAUUUAUUCUCUCUCACCGGGCAAAAGUGGCACAAACUUCGCAUUAAACUCACACCGACUUUCACGUCGGGAAAAUUGCGUGCAAUGUUCCCAUCUGUGAUGUCAUCAGCGGAAAAUAUGCAGAAGCAUCUGCUGAAGAAUCUUAAUAAUCACAGUGAGGGCAAUGUACAUGAAGUGAGGGAUUUAACGGCGAGAUUCCUUACGGAUUUAAUUGCUUCCGUGGCAUUUGGAAUAAAUGUGAAUAGUAUUGCGGAUCCCAAUGCGCAUUUCCGGAAAAUGGGUCAAAAAGCCCUUGCGCCAACCUUCAGGAAUGGCAUUGUGGUAUUCCUGUCUUUUAUGGCCCCAAAAGUUCUUGAUUAUCUUAAACUUAAGCAAUUUGAUGAUGAUGUGGAGAAGUUUAUGGUUUCCAUUGUGGAACAAACUGUUAAGCACCGGGAGAAGAACAACGUUGUCCGGGAGGACUUUAUGCAGCUCCUCAUUCAGCUGAGGAAUAGUGGAACUGUGAAGGAUGAUGGUGAUUGGAGUGCAGAGACUGUUGAUAAGCAAAAACAAACGAUGACCUUCAAUGAGAUUGCAGCCCAGGCAGCUGUUUUCUUCCUUGCGGGCUUUGAAACCUCAUCCUCAGUCAUCUCCUUCUGCCUGUAUGAACUUGCAAAGAAUCCCGAAAUGCAAGAACGUGCCUACAGGGAGAUAAAGCAAGUCCUGGCAGACAAUAAUUGGGAUUAUUCCUACGAAGGAUUGAAGCAGAUGAAAUAUCUCGAAUGCUGUAUGGAUGAAAUCCUGCGAAUCUAUCCACCUGCCCCAUCAAUCAUCCGAAUCUGUACGAAGGACUACAAAAUCCCCGAGACGAAUGUAACAAUUGAAAAGGGAACAAAUAUCUUCAUCCCCAUCUGGGGUCUCCAAAAGGAUCCAAAAUACUUUGAGAAUCCCGAGAAAUACAACCCUGAACGCUUCCUCCCCGUGAAUUCCGACAAGAGAGUCCCAUUCACCUAUCUCCCAUUCGGGGAAGGUCCCCGGAGUUGUAUUGGAGCCCGUAUGGGGCGCCUCAAUGCCAAAGUUGGCCUAGCUGUACUCCUGCAGACAUUCCGCUUUGAAUUGGGCCCCACAAUGGGACAAACACUCAAAAUGGAAGCUAAUCAGGUGCUUCUGCAGCCAGUUGAUGGUAUUAAGCUGCGUUUCAUCCCACGGGAGCAAAGAGGGUUAGUCAUUCAACUAUGAAUCAGUCCCCAAAGAGGAUUUAAAGCAAAAAUAUAGAAGAGCACUUGCCUGUGAAAAUCCAGCUUCAGCAAACUCUCAAUCUCACUCUCAAACAGUUGAGCAUUCCGUAGCCACUCUUCCAGCACAUCAGUAUCUCGGGUUACUUCCAACCCAUCCAUGGGUAGGGCUGUGUACUUUGCACGAAGACGUUUUACGGCAAAUUGUUCACUCUGUGAGAUAAAUUGAGAGAAUCCCAUUAAAAAUAAAUUCUUAUUAGCAA